AUGUGGCUGCAAACUUCAUCCAGGAGGAGAGGAGGUACCCACACUGCUCAAAGAAAGCUUUACAAAGACGUGAUGCUGGAGAACUUUGAGAAUUUGGGGCGGGACAAGAGUGUGGCGGGACCAACCGAAACUGGGCAAAAUAAGGGUGGGGGCAGAGACCCGGGGCACAAAGGAGUAGUUACGAGUUUUGUGGGGCGGGACAAGAACGUGAAGGGGCGGGGACAACGGAGAUUAGGCGAAAAAGUAGGGGCGGGAGCAAGGUAUGUAUUUAUCAUUCAGAAAGGCUAUCAGGACAGUGAGACUGGUCCUGAGAGCUCUGUCAUCACCAAAGUCAAGGGCAUCACCAAGUCCCAGAACAAAGUAUGGGAUGUAGAAGAGUACGUCAAACCUCCUGAGGGGGGCAGUGUGUUUACCAUCAUUACUCGGGCAGAAAUCACUCCCUUCCAGACCCUGGGAACCUGCCCAGAGAGUAUACGGAUUCGUAAUGCCACCUGCUUAUCUGAUGAUGAUUGCAUGGCUGGAGCAAUGGACAUGCUGGGCAAUGGAGAGAAAACUGGACGCUGUGUUCCCUAUUACCAUGGGACCAAGAAGACAUGUGAGGUGUCAGCCUGGUGCCCUGUGGAGGAUGGAGCAGCAGUCAGUGAGUUCCUGGGAAAGAUGGCCCCCCAGUUCACCAUCCUCAUCAAGAACAGCAUACAUUACCCCAAAUUCCAAUUUUCCAAGGGGAACAUCAGGGACUAUGAUGAUGGCUACCUGAAGCACUGCAUCUUCAAUGCUGACACCGACCUCUACUGUCCCAUAUUUAAGUUGGGCUUCAUUGUGGAACAGGCAGGAGAGAACUUCACAGAGCUGGCCCAAAAGGGUGGAGUCAUUGGGGUCAUUAUCAAUUGGAACUGUAACCUGGACUUGUCUGAAGACAAGUGUAAUCCCAAAUAUUCCUUCCGCCGGCUCGACCCUAAGCAUAUCCAGGCUUCCUCUGGCUACAAUUACAGAUUUGCUAAGUACUACAGCCACAAUGGCACAGCCUCGAGGACUCUCAUCAAGGCCUAUGGGAUCCGAAUUGAUGUUAUUGUACAUGGACAGGCCGGGAAGUUUAGCCUGAUUCCCACCAUCAUUAACCUGGCCACAGCGCUGACUUCCAUUGGAGUGGGCUCUUUCCUCUGCGACUGGAUCUUACUGACCUUCAUGAACAAGAAUAAGAUCUACAGUCACAGAAAGUUCGACAAGAUGGUGGAUACGCAGGAUCCGAAUAGUGAAGAACAAGGGCCUUCCGGCCCACAGGCUUCUUCCCAGGACUCCAUACCCAUGGAACCCAAAGGCUUGGCCCAGCUCUGA